AUGGGUCACUUCAGCGAGGAGCUGUUCGCUAGCCUGCUCAAGAAAACACAGGAUGAUUUUGGCGCUUCGAUAGUAUCAUUUCAAACAAUAGAUUCAACCCAAAGAUUUCUUGAGCAGAAUAGCCAUCAAUAUCGAUCGGGGACAAUACUGGUUGCUGACCACCAAACAAACGGUCGAGGGCGCGGUUCCAAUUCUUGGGUGUCAAUCCCUGCUGCUCUGCAAUUUUCGUUUAUUUUAAAAUUACCAAAACAGUCCCAAAGCCAAAUCAGCCUUUUUCAAUAUUAUGCGUCUUUGGCGAUGGUGGAGGCGAUUAGCUCCUUUGCUUGUGCCAUCCGCCCUUUCUCGAUUUCCGAUCCCUUUUCUUGUAUAUACGACCCAUCUUCUAUUUGUUUCAAACAGAUUGGGAUCAAAUGGCCUAACGACAUUGUGUUCAUUGAUGGGGAUCAUUCUGUGAAGGUCGGUGGCGUUCUAGUAAGCUCCUCAUCUUUUGGAUCCGAAAUAACACUGAUCAUAGGGAUAGGAGUGAAUCUGUUUGCGUGUGAGGGGUUUAGACCUUCCUUUGGGUCUCUAUCUUUGUGUGGAGGUUUGGAUCUUUGCAGCCUCUCUAGAAAAUCCUUACUGGCAGAAUUUUGCUUUCAAUUUUCAAGCCUCACGCCACGGUUCCUUGCAGAUUUCAGCUCUUUUUCCUCUCAUUAUUCGUCAAGAUGGAUGCACUCGGGCAAAAUAUUGUCCUUGGAACAAGAUGGGUUUCUUGUCCAUACCACUGGUAUCGACUCCACCGGAAUGCUUACCGCUCGAAAAGUACUUCCCGUGUUGGGCCCAAUUAUUUUCAAAGCGUCCGCAUAUUUCUGUUCCAACAGACCAAUGUUUAGCUGGAUGCCCCGGUUGAUGAUAAACAAUAUUUUAUUGCCCAUUCUAUUGGGAUUCUCAAAACUAAUAUACACAAAAGAUAUUUUGUUGGAGCCCAGUUUGUAUUCGCUGGACAUUUCGAAAUUGAGGAUACAUCGCAAGGCUCUAUAG